AUGGCACUCACAGCUCUGGGAAAGAGGACACGCAGCUCUGGGCAAGAGGAGGAGCCCACGCUGAGUCUCGACUUCUCCGCAAAACGCCCGAAGCGGACCCCGAAGAAAUCUAUCGAGAAGGAACUCAGCUCGGUUUACGACAAGGAGAACAAGGAAAACAACGAGCCCGAGUCUGAUUCUCAGGGGGAGCCUGACCCUACACCCACAAAGUGCCACUCCCGACGGACCUCGAUCGCCAGUACCGUCAAAAGUUCUACUGUCGCCCCCGUCACUCCCUCAACACCACGCCAUUACGAUGUCUUCGCUAGGGGCACAACAACUCCCCGCCACCGCGUCAUGUCGGUUGGCAGACUCUCGAAGCGGAUGACACCUCAAACGCCCCUCACUCCGACUACUCUCCAGACGGUUUACCACCAGGCGAGGCAGUUGUUCUCACGCAGCGCAGGCCCCGGACAACUAAUCGGACGCGACGACGAGCGCGAGCAAUUACACAAGUUCCUCGAACGCUGCAAUACAACUCGCCCCAGUGGAUGCCUUUACGUCAGCGGCCCCCCCGGUACAGGCAAGAGUGCGAUGGUGAACAGCAUUACCGACGAGGUGGUGUCUGGGUCGGAUUCUGUACGGAAGGCCUACAUCAACUGCAUGAGCAUCAAGUCAUCCAAGGACCUCUACAUCACCCUACUGGACCAACUCGGCGGGGACGCCGACAUGUCUGAAGACGACGUUGUCGAGGCUCUGCAGAAACUCUUCGUCCACAAAAAAUCCACUAAUGUCUUUUUGGUGGUGCUGGACGAGAUCGACCACAUCCUUACCAUGGACCCCGAGAGUCUCUACCGCGUGUUUGAAUGGUCGCUGCUGCCCACCGCGCGCCUUACCAUGGUGGGCAUCGCCAACGCGCUAGACCUGACCGACCGCUUCCUCCCUCGUCUCAAGUCGCGCAACCUCAAGCCUGAACUCCUCCCGUUCUUGCCUUAUACCGCACCCCAGGUCAAGCGGAUCAUCACGGAACGCCUCAAGACCCUCGCCCCCCAGGGUUCCGCGCCCGACUUCAUCCCCUUCUUCCACCCGGCGGCCAUUGAGCUCUGCUCGCGCAAAGUCUCCAGCCAAACCGGCGAUCUGCGCCGCGCAUUUGAAGUCUGCCGCCGCGCCCUCGAUCUGGUCGAAUCCGAAACCCGCAUGAAGCACGAAAACGAAAUCAAGGAGAACCUUCUCCAGCAGAGCCCGUCACGCAAAGUCCUCGGCGAAAACCGCAACUUUGCCUCCCCAGCCCGUCCUACGGGGGCCCAGCAGCUUCAGAGAUCUCUUCAGCAUCUUACCGUCUCCACCGCCCCGCGCGUGAGCAUAGCCCACCUCAACAAAGUCACCGCCGCGGCCUUCAGCAACGGCGCCAGUCAGCGGCUGAAGACGCUCAACCUACAACAAAAGGCGGCUCUGUGCUCGCUCAUGGCCAUCGAAAAACGCAACCGCUCCACACAGGCCGCCCAAGCCGCCUCCACACCCACUACUCCUUCCUCCCGAACGCGCGGCGUGACGGCCCCGACCAUCAAAACCCUCUACGCGGCGUACUGCACCCUCUGCACCCAGGACUCGCUCCUCCACCCCCUUUCGUCCUCCGAGUUUCGCGAGGUCGUGGGGAGCCUGGAGACGCUUUCUCUGGUCGCACCCGUGGACGGAAAGAGCGGCUCGUUUGUGGCGCUGCUGCAGGGUGGUACGCCCACCCCCAAGCGGGGCAGGAAGAAGAAGGAUGUUUUUGCCUUUGGCGGGAGCGGCGGCAGCGGUCUGGCAGCUGACGAGAAGAGGGUUGCCAGCUGUGUUGGGGAGCGGGAGAUGGAAGGGGCUGUGGAAGGGCUGGGGGCCGGGAUUCUGAGAGGGAUUCUGAGCGGAGAGGCCUUGGAUUGA